CAGCGGGAGGAGUUUAAACCCGGAAGUAAACAGCGCCGUUAGAAAGCGAUCGGUUUGAAACUCGUGCUGACUCAGAGAUAACUUUCUAGAAAAUGUUUAAGCUCGCGUCUGCCUCUCUGUAGCGCGACGGUCACGCAGACCCUCGAGAGAAGCCGCGGCCCGGACGCGCAGAUAUAACCCCGAGAUGAACGGCGAGAUCUUCAGCCUGAGCGAGAGGCUCGUGAACUCCUCGUAUGUGCGGCAGGGCCUGCAGGCUCGGCGCGGGCACGAGCAGCUCAUCAGACUGCUUCUGCAGCAGGGUAAAUGUCCCGAGGACGGGUGGAGCGAGGCCACCGUCGAGCUCUUUCUGAACGAGCUGGCAGUCAUGGACAGCAACAACUUCCUGGGGAACUGCGGCGUGGGCGAGCGAGAGGGCCGGGUCGCCUCAGGCCUGGUGGCCCGGAGACAUUACAGACUGAUCCACGGCAUCGGCCGCUCGGGGGACAUCGCUGCCGUUCAGCCCAAAGCCGCCGGCUCAAGCCUCCUGAAUAAAAUCACUAAUUCAGUGGUGCUGGACGUGCUCAGGUUUACAGGUGUCAGGAGCGUGUCCUCGUGUUUCGUGGUCCCUAUGGCCACAGGAAUGAGUCUGACGUUGUGUUUCCUCACACUGAGACACAGAAGGCCAGGAGCGCGUUACAUCCUCUGGCCUCGCAUCGACCAGAAGUCCUGUUUCAAAUCCAUGAUAACGGCUGGCUUUGAGCCCGUGGUGAUCGAGAACGUGCUGGAAGGAGACGAGCUCAGAACAAACCUGGAGGAAGUGCAGAGGAAGAUCGAGGAGCUGGGAGCUCAAAACAUCCUGUGCGUCCAUUCCACCACUUCCUGUUUCGCUCCACGCGUCCCGGACAGGCUGGAGGAACUUGCUGCUCUGUGUGCAAAGCAUGAUAUUCUGAUCCAUAUAGUCAAUGUAUGUCUGUGUGUGUCAUCCAAAUGUCUGUCUGUGCACCUGUAUUCAGCAGGGGCUCGUGUUGGCAGAAUCGAUGCCUUCGUCCAAAGUCUUGAUAAAAACUUCCUGGUCCCCGUUGGCGGAGCCGUCAUCGCGGGGUUUGAUGAGAACUUCAUUCAGGAGAUCAGUAAGAUGUACCCAGGACGAGCUUCUGCGUCUCCGUCUCUGGACGUCCUCAUUACGCUCCUCACGCUGGGAGCCAACGGCUACAAGAAGCUCUUGGCCGAGAGGAAGGAGCUGUAUGGUCACCUGGCACAGGAGCUGAGUGCUCUAGCCGAGAGACACGGGGAGAGACUGCUGCAUACGCCACACAAUCCCAUAUCACUGGCGAUGUCUCUGAAGCGUCUCCAGACACACGGCGCCGCAGCAGUCACGCAGCUGGGCUCAAUGCUCUUCACCAGACAGGUGUCCGGAGCCAGGGUCGUCCCGCUGGGUGUGGAGCAGACCGUGAGCGGACACACGUUUCGUGGCUUCAUGUCGCACGCAGUCGCCUAUCCCUGCCCGUACCUUAACGCAGCCUCCGCUAUCGGAAUAACCAGAGAUGAUAUAACGCUGUGCAUCAAGAGACUCGAUAAAUGCCUCAAGAGCCUCAGCAAAGAAGCUUCCGCAGAGAAGAGUGAGUCAGGAUCACCCGCUGAAGACGUGGAUGACCAAUCCGUGCCCUGAUGCUCUGGGUGAAAGAGUUACAUGCAUAGGAAUCAGUUUUUCAUGUGAUCUUGUUGUAAUAACCUUGUGAGAAUGAUGAUAUAGAAAUGCACUAAUGCAUUUGUUUUUUUCCUCAAUACUCAAUUCAAAACUCUUUGUUUGAUAGUUUACCCUAACUGACAAUAAAUACGUUAUUUUGUCAAUUUAA